AUGAAGCGCACCCAGGAAGAAGCAGAGUUGGAGUGCGAGUCUCCAGCGCUGGUGAAGAAGCCGGCGUGUGGAUUCGCGCCACCAUCCACGGCACCACUCGCCCAUCGUCCUUUGACUGGACGCCCGCGAUUCCUACCAAAAGCCGUCAUACCACCCGUGCAGCCAAAGAAGACCUACCCUCCGAACUCCUUCGAUCCGAAGUCCUUCGUUCUCCACAACUCCGAGAAAGCACCAAAAGAGGACCAGGAGAUGGACGAAGGAUCGGACUCCGAGUUGGAGGACUACGAGAAUCUGGUCCGGAUGCUUGACGCGGAUGGCGACUACGACCCUCCACCGCGCCGCUCCAAGUCUGGAAAAUCCCAGGCCUUUGUCGUGAAGCCGAUGGCCACAUCCCUGCCAGCAAAGACCAUCCUGGCAGUUCCCACAGUCGCACACACGGCUACAAACCCCUUCCUCGAACCUGCCAUGACCGUCGCCGACUUCGGAGAUUACAUCGCAGAAUACGUCUUCGAUGCGCACAAGUACAUCGAGGCUUGGACGCAACUAACCCCUGGCCAAUUCGCGAUCCUGGUGCACGAUCCCUUCCAUCGCAACAAGAUGAUUGAGUUCCACACGGAGUUCAUGAACAUCGAACAGGUCCUCCUCGAUGGUCGGAAGGACUGGGAUUUGGCUUCUCUGCCAUACGAGUUCUUCGAAAGUGUGAUGCAGCCAUUGCGGAAGACCGGUGACCUGGCGAUGAAACUGUCCGAGAAUCGGGUGUGCGAGUGGAUGUCUGUUGCCGCGAGGUCGUGCUCGGAGAGUUGGCGGCUGCUGAGGAAGGCGGAGGAGGCAAAAGAGGACGUCGAGCAGUGGCCGGCAGUCUGGGAGCACGGCAUGAUGCAUAUACUCCAGUGUCCACGUCGGAGCAGUCAUGUUCUUGUGCUCGCGCCUCGUGACAAGAGCACGGUAUUCGCUAUCGCAAGCAGUGCAUGA